UUGGAUAGGGAAAACCUUGUUUCCGUAAACUGGCCACUCUCUCUUGCCAGCUGUAUGGUGCUGGUGUUUUUCUAUCAAAUUUAAAGUCAUGUCGUAACCCGGAUCGACUCAGAAACAAUACAACCCGACAGCCAAAUUCCCAGUGCAGGCAUUUUCCGCAGACCGCUCUUCCAGCUGCAGACCGGUACCGCUACCUCAGUCAUGUCGACCGCUUCCCGAGUGACUUUGGGCCUGGCGGUCUCCAUUUCCACAGCGAUCAUAGGUUAUGUGCACUAUAAACAAUCGGCAGACCGCCUGAGACUCCAUGAUGGUGUCCUGAGGGAUGUUGAGCAGCAGCAACGGCGGAAGCACGAGAAUACCUACGCGCUGCAGCAGCAAAUAGACAUCACCAAACAACUGAAGGCCAGGGAGCCGUCGAGCAUCUCCUCCGAUAAGCCCGAGCCUCCAUCGACGAAUCACACGCAAAGUAAUCUUCAAGCGGAGAAGUCAGCGGUGCUAAAUGAAGGCGAGGCAUUCAGAGGCGUUUCUCAGGCUGGAACGACUAAUCGAGAUGGGAGCCCGCCAACCGACAUAGCUUAAACACAAACAUGCCCUUAACUAUACACCUAUUAAAGACUAAGAGAAACUCGGGUAAAAAGAA